AUGGAGGCCCCUUUCCCACAGAAUGGCACGCUGCAGCAGUUCGUGGACAACUUCUUCCAGAGCGUGCUGGCGCCGGGGCUGGCCGUGCCGCCCGCCGUCAAGUACUUCUUCGACUUCCUGGACGAGCAGGCGGACAAGCACGACAUCAAGGACGAGGACACCAUCCACAUCUGGAAGACCAACAGUUUGCCGCUGCGGUUCUGGGUGAACAUCCUCAAGAACCCCCACUUCAUCUUCGACGUGCACGUGCCCGAGGUGGUGGACGCGUCGCUGUCCGUCAUCGCGCAGACCUUCAUGGACGCCUGCACGCGCACCGAGCACAAGCUGAGCCGG